UAUUACUUUGCGAUCUACUUUAUCAGCUACUGUACGGGCUAAUGUGCAAUUUUCUAGCCAUAUUCUAAGCCGUGUCUGAAUGGUCAUGCCACCAUAUAGGCAUUUGGAUCACGGGCACAGCUUAAUACGUGAGACUGUGUUAAAUGUAAAUGCUAAUACACUGCUAGUGAUGAUGUAGAGCUAGUCAAUGCCUAUGGGAUGGGUAUUCAGAGGCGGCCGAUGUGAUAAAGGCUCGACAAUAUGGCAGAAGGCAAAAAGGAACAAAAUUUUUUAGAUUAUGCUGCCAAUUUCUUGAAAGGUCUCAGCUUGAUGCAGCCUUUGAAUUUGUGCCUGCUGGGUUCGUCGUUUGCCAUGCAGAGGUUCGGAUAUGGCCCUGAUGCGGUAGGAAUAUUUAUUGGCAUGUGUCAUAAUUCCAUGGAACUAUUUUAUUUGUUCUCUGCAUUAGGCGCGUUGGCUAUAUUUACUUCUUUCCAAUCGUACGGUGAAAAAACAAAGAAUAUACAACGGUACUGUUCCAUCCUAGUUUCAUGGAUCAUUGUUGCUGUUAAUGUCGUUAUCCUCAAGGCGUUUGCUUGGGGAGAAGGUAAUUCAAAUGUAGUUCUUUACUAUUGGGCAUUGGUAAUUGCUAACUUCGUAGCAGGCAUUGAUGAUAUGAUUAUUUACGACAUCUCAUCGGAUAACAUACCAUCAUAUGACCUAGGUGCAUCCUGUACCGGAAUAUUCGUGGCCUUGUUGCAUGGUAUCACAAUAUUUAUUUUACACAAGAUUCGUAAGGAUGUCAAUUAUUGGCUCGUGUUAACGAACAUUGUUGUUAUGUUGGCUCUAUCAUUUAUUGUGGCCAUCGUAUGGAGUUAUUAUAUUUCCACCAAGUUAGGUGAUAAUGCAGAAACGCCACAACCGAGUAGUGAAAAUGGAACUUCAAAAUGCAAUGGCCAAUGCUCAUUUUUGAACGCAUAUUGCGGCGCCUUUCCUAUGAUGGCAGCUAGUACCAUAGGCUAUGGGUUUAUAUUUGUAGUUUAUCCUCUCAUCUCUCCAUUCGAGAUGGUAACGUUUGAACACAGAUACCCAAUUCAAAGUCUAUGCACUACCUUUCAAGCGAUUUCUGGUAUAAGUAUAUGGUGCCUUGCUGAGAAAGCAGAUAUGAAAAAAAAGUGGGAAGGUAACAAACGUUAUUAUUACCUACUAUAUCUCCUUCUCAUUCCAUAUCUGGGCAUAGGGAUAAUGUUUAUUGUGAUUAUGCAUUACCCUUUGUCGACAGUAGCGAAGCUUGUCCAUAUGAAGCCUCUGAUUGUAGGAUUCCUGACAGUAUUCUUUUAUUUUUCUGGUAGAGUAGUAAUUAAUUCGUCGACUGCAGCCAUUGAUGGGAAUGCAAAGCCCUCAAAUGGUGCAAGUGAUGGUAAAGAAUGCAAAUGCAAACAUGGCUCCACUUUGUCUUCAGUAAAUUUGGGUAUAAACCUUCUUGUUUUGAACAUUACCAAGUAUAUAUCGGAAGCCUAUAUACAACAAUUUAUAACUACAAGAAAUGCUUACAAACCUGGAGAACCAUGGCCAACUGAAGGAAUGAGCGUAACGGAUGGUUUCCUAUACUGGUUGUUCACCGGUAUAGAAGAAGGCUUUGUAAGCUUUAAGGAAUCGUUUGACCAAAACGUCAAGGGUAAGCUGGAGCAUACCCUUAUGGUAGUCAAUUCCGAGUUAUAAGGAUAGGACUAUGCAUGGAGCACACUAUUUGUGCUUAUGAGCCAUAAUAGUAUAUCGGGUCGGUAACACAUGUAACUUCCCGGGCGUAAUACACAUUAAGCGCCAUCAAUGUGUUACCUUUAAUCAGCAUGGGUUGAUCUAACUUCAACAAUAAUGUGCC